GCCAACCAGUGAAAAUCUCUGUAAUUCGUUAGAUUACUUGUGACGUCAAACGUCUGGGAUAUUCCUAUAGAACGGAGGAGGUGCAGCGGGGCGCUUUUUCUCACCCGCUUCACAUCGACUCCUUCACUUUAAUAGCAUUGGACACCCCCGGCACUCGUCCCUCGACACCGAGCGAUGAAUCUCAUCCCUUCUGCACCCAACUACUAACAAACCCAUGCGUAACAGCCGAAGAUAUUUAUUUAAAAAAAAUUGAAACGAUUUUAGAGGAGAUUUUUGGAAGUUUUAAAUAUCAAUAAACCGUUAAAGGAAUUAAAGAAUUUAAGUGGAGAGAGUGAAGAUGGAGAAGAUGCAAGACAAAAUUCGUUAAAAUCAAAGUUACAUUAUCAACAAAGAAGCUUCAAAAACUUCCCAAUUCUUUUUUAACGAAGGAGAGCGCAAAAUUCAGGAUGACCCAAAAAGAAACGUCAAUUUUCAAUUUCUGCACCAACCUGCUCGAAAAAUUCCGUUGUUCUCGGCGUUUAAUCCUGCUCAUUGUAGCUGUAGCAUUACUCCUGGAUAACAUGUUGCUCAGCACAGUAGUACCCAUCAUUCCGGACUUUUUGCACAGACUCGAACACAACGACACUGUAGUUUUAUACGAAGAGACGACUGUGACGAUGGAAACUACAACUGUGGCUAACUCGUGUAACCAGGAUCGCGGUUACCCUACUAUCUUGCCUGUAAAUUUGGAAACCACAACUACAGUCGAUGAAACCACCGUUAUAAGCAGGAAAGAGGUUCGACACAUGCAACUGUUGAACGAGAACGUAGAGGUUGGUGUCAUGUUCGCGUCCAAACCGGUGGUACAGGCCAUCACUAAUCCUUUCGUAGGACCUCUUACGAACAGGAUCGGUUACAGCAUACCUAUGUUUAGUGGAUUCGUAAUUAUGUUUCUCUCUACUGUCAUUUUACAGUUAGUUGUACUAAAACCUAGAGUUAUGAAGGAAACUCAAGAAGGUACUUCGCUCUUCACUCUUGUUAAAGAUCCUUACAUCCUCAUAGCGGCAGGAGCUUUGGCCUUCGCAAACAUGGGCAUAUCUUCUUUAGAGCCAUCUCUCCCUCUGUGGAUGAUGGACACGAUGAGUGCGCCAGAAUGGCAGCAGGGAGCCGCUUUCCUACCGGCCAGCAUAUCGUACCUCAUCGGAACCAACAUUUUCGGGCCCAUGGGGCAUAAAAUGGGAAGAUGGUUGGCAACAUUAGUGGGUCUCAUCAUCAUCGGGACGUGCGUCGUUUGCAUCCCAAUGGCAAAGACGUUCAAUCAUCUAAUUCUUCCCAAUGCCGGAAUUGGAUUUGCAAUUGGUAUGGUCGAUUCUUCCAUGAUGCCAAUGCUGGGUUAUCUGGUGGAUGUUCGACAUACGUCAGUUUACGGUAGCGUUUAUGCAAUUGGGGAUGUUGCACUCUGUGUUGGGUUUACUUUCGGUCCUUUACUGAGCAGUGCCAUAGUGAACACCCUGGGAUUUCAAGGAUUAGUAUACACGACAGGGGUAAUAUGUUUUUUAUACGCUCCCCUAUUGCUGCUACUGAGAAAAGUUCCAGCCAAAGAUGAAAAUCAGUUUCUUCUAAACGACACGACUAUACGCUACAUCAGCUACACCAACGAAGACUCCCCCGAAGAAGAGAAACCCGUAAAAGAAUGGGUGAAAAUUCUCGGUGGCUUACUGGGCAAAGAUAAGAAUGUUCCGAGCACCAUUGAACAAUUAUUCUUAGUGGACAAAAUGGUGGGCGAAGUUAAAAUUACGAUGGCGACAAUUGUGGCAAACGAACUGGUGGAAAAGGACGAAGUAACCAAUGCAAUUAUUCAAACGGAAGCUGCGUCAGAUGGUGACGAAAUUAAUUGUAAUCAACGAAAUGGACCGUUAUCUUCCGUUAAAAUGUAUUCGGCAUUGGCGUGCGGAUCUUUUUCGAGGAAAAUGGUUAUUGGAAUUUGUACAACAGUUUUUGAAAGAUUACGUUCUCGACGAGUAAUUCUAUUCACAGUAGCUACAGCCAUUCUAUUGGAUAAUAUACUGAGCAUGAUAAUAGUUCCAAUCAUGCCCGAUUAUCUGUAUAAAUUACAACACAACGAUACGGAUGUAUUUCCCGAAUACAACGCAACGAUGGCGAUGGAAAGUUGUAAACACAACGACUCCUGUAUUAAUCGUAACAUUCUAAUUAAUUCUGAAACAAAAGCCAACAACGGCGAUUCCAUAAAGGAAGAUCGGGAAAAAAUGAAACAUUCGCAAUUAAUACAAGAAAAUACGGAGCUUGGAAUCAUGUUUGCUUCUAAGUUUGUUGUACAAAUUAUAACAAAUUAUUUUGUAAUACUUCUUAUAAAUAGAAUGGGUUACAGCGUGCCUAUAUUUAUCGGACUCAUAACUAUACUUCUGUCUACUAUCAUUUAUGCCAUAGGUAAGAGUUACUUUAUACUUUUCUUUUCGAGAAGUCUACACGGUGUCGGCUCUGCUUUCAUUAAUACUGCCGGAAUGGGUAUGUUGGCCAAAAUAUAUCCGGAUGAUAAAGAACGAGGUAAUGCCAUGUCUAUAGCAUUAAAUGGAGUAGGUCUUGGAAUGUUAAUAGGGCCCGCUCUCGGAGGAAUUACGUACCAAUUCAUGGGAAAAGCCUUUCCAUUUUGGAUAUUAACAGCUGUAAUCUCAGUGGAAGAAUUGCUACAGGUAAUAACAAUACCACCUAAACUUAGUAGAGAAGUCAAAACAAACACCUCUUCGAUAGUGUCUCUUAUAAAAGACCCAUAUAUCAUCAUCGCAACAGGAUCUCUAACAGUAUCUAACAUGGUAUUAUCGGCUUUAGAGCCAUCGCUUCCAGUCUGGAUGAUGGAGAAAAUGAAUGCACCCGAAUGGCAACAAGGCGUCACUUUUUCACCUCCCGGUGUGUUGUAUUUAAUCGGUACCUGCGUGUUUGGUCGCUUGGGUCAUAAAUUUGGCAGGUGGUUAGUAGCGACCGUAGGGCUUAUCCUCACAGGAAUAAGUGCGAUAUGUAUUCCUAUGGUGACAACAUUCGAAUUGCUGAUUCCUCCCUGCGCCGGGGUCGGUUUUGGGAUAGGAUUGGUGGAGUCUUCGAUGUUUCCUAUGUUGGGUGACAUAAUGGAUGUUCGUCACACUUCUAUAUAUAGCGAUGUUUACGCUUUCGCCGAUAUUGCACUAUGCGCUUCACUUAUUUUAGGUCCUUUAUUAAGUAGCGCCAUUGUAUAUUACUUAGGAUUUACUGGUUUGGUAUACAUAUUAGGAGGAAUGUGUAUCGUAUACGCUUUUCCAUUGAUGCUUCUACGUAAAUUUACAUCGAAACCUGAAAAUCAGGAUCGGGAACCUUCGAAAGAGUAA